GGAGCGGGCUGCCAUGGCGGGGAUGUCGGCGCUGGCGGAGCUGCGGGACCCCACGGCGCUGUUCGAGGCCCGCGGCGCCGAGGAGAUCCGCGGGCUGGAGCGGCGGGUGCGGGCGGAGAUCGAGCAGAAGAAGGAGGAGCUGCGGCAGAUGGUGGGCGAGCGGUACCGCGACCUGAUCGAGGCGGCCGACGCCAUCGGGCAGAUGCGGCGCUGCGCCGCCGGCCUCCUCCGCGCCGUGCAGCUCACCGACCGCCGCUGCGCCCGCCUCGCCCCGGGCACGCACCCCCGGACCCCGGACCCCGACGCCCGCCAGGCCCCGGGCCCGGCCCAGGACCGGUUCUACAGCCUGGCCGCCCAGAUCGGGCUGCUGCUGGAAAUCCCCGAGAGGAUCUGGAGCUCCGUGGAGGCCACCCGCUACCUGCAGGCCACGCGGCUCCACCUGCUCUGCCGCUCCCUCCACGGCCUCCUGCGGCUCGACGCCUCGGCCGCCCGCUACAGCCCCGUCCUCGCCCGCUUCCCCAUCCUCGUCCGUCAGGUGGCCGCCGCCGCCCACUUCCGCUCCACCAUCCUCCGCGAGAGCAAGCAGCUGCUGCGGGGCCGAGCCGUAGCCGACCAGGCGGUGGCCGAGGCCCUGUGCUCCGUCAUGCUCCUGGAGGACAGUUCUCCGCGCCAGGCCCUGACGGACUUCCUGCUGGCCCGCAAGGCGGCCAUCCAGCAGCUGCUCAACGAGCCGCACCACGGUGCCGGCAUAAAGGCUCAGGUGUGCGCAUUAGUGGAGCUGCUGUCCACCACGCUGUACCAGGCCCACGCCCUCUUCUACACCUUGCCCGAAGGCCAGCCGCCCGACCCGGCCCUACCCUGCGGCCUGCUCCUCUCCACGCUGGAGACGGCCACGGGGCAACGGCAACCUGCAGGGAAGGGCUUGGGCCUUCUGAAGGAGGAGCUGAAGCUUUGUAGCUGGUUCAAGCACCUGCCCGAGUCCGUGGUGGAGUUCCAGCCCACCCUGAGGACCCUGGCCCACCCCAUCAGCCACGACUACCUGAGGGACACUCUCCAGAAAUGGAUCGACACGUGCCACGACGACAUCGGGGUCGGGGUCGGCAGCCUGCUGGUGUACGUGAAGAGCCUCAGAGGGCUGGCCGGGAUCCGGGACGGCGUGUGGGAGUCCCUGUCCAGCGAGUCCGUGAGGCACGGCUGGGCGACGCUGUGCCGGCGGGUGCUGAACCGGCCCCUCUUGGUCUGGGAAGACCUCAUGCGGCAGCUGUUCCUCGAUCGUUUACAGACUCUGACGGAAGAAGGCUUCGCCGCCAUCUCGGCCCGCGCCGAGGAGCUCCUGGCAGCCGCCCUGCGGGAGGUGGAAGCCGGGCCGUCCGGCCCCCAGCCCAAGGCCGCCCACUCGGAGCACGACAUGUCCCUGUUCCUGUGGUCGGAGAGCCCCGGGGACCUGGCGGCGGACGCGGCCUGGGUCGGCGUGGCCCACCGCGGCCAGCUGGCCCCCGGCGGGCUGGCCCUCAAGGCCCGGGCCCUGAGUCCCUGCGUGCAGGCCUUCUGCUCCGCCCUGGAUUCGGAGCUCGCGGCCAAGCUGGAGGACCUGGGGUCCUACCUUCCGGCCCCCGGCCCGGCCUCCCCGCCGCGGGCCGGCUCCGCCUUCGACCGCUACGCCGACGCGGGCACGGUGGAGGGGCUGCUCCGGGACCAGUGCGGGGGCUGCGUCCGCCACCUCCUCGGCCGCGUGCGGGAGGAGCUUAGGCGGGCCGAGGCCGAGCCGCGCGUGGGGCCCGGGGCCCUCCGUGGCCCCCAGCUCGCCGCCGUCCUCUUCCUGGCCCGCCUCUGCCAGUCGCUGGCGGAGCUCUGCCCACAUCUGAAGCGCUGCGUGCUGGGGAAAUCGGGCGGCCCCGACGGACCCGCCCGCGAGCCCUGGGCGGGCAAGAAGCCGGCCAAGGGCAAAGUCCAGGAGGUCGAUCCCAUCUGGGCCCCGUGGCAGGAAGUUAAAGAGGACCUCCUGCAGCAGAGCCUGGCGGGAUACCGGGUCUGGAGCUCGGCUGUCGUGGAAGGCCUGGGGCGUGAUUUCACCCAGUCGCUGCUCCUGGACGACCCCGGCUCCAUCUUGGCCGCCGCCACCAGCUGGGAUGAAAUCGAGAUCCAGGAGGAGACGGAGUCCGGGAGUAGCGUCACGUCCCGCAUCCGGCUCCCCGCGCAGCCCUCCUGGCCCGUCCAGACGCUCCUGUUCAGCCUGUGCCAAGAAGUGAACCGGGUGGGCGGCCAGGCCUUGCCACCCUCCACCCUGCAGGAGCUGCUCCGGGGCUGCCUGGCGGAGGUGCUGGCCGGCUUCGACAAGCUCGCCCAAAGCCGGCAGAGCAAGAAGGACGGCGGGUUUCCGAUGACCCAGAACCGCGCCCUGCAGCUCCUCUACGACCUGCGCUACCUCAACGCCAUGCUGACGUCCAAGACCGACGAGCUCAAAGGCAGCAGAAGCAAACCCGACCCCAGACUCGAGAAGGCAGUAGACUUCCUCGAAGGACUCAUUGACCCGUUUGACCUGGAUGUCUUCACUCCACACUUAAACAGCAACCUCGGUCGGCUGGUGCAGCGAACCUCGGUUCUCUUUGGCUUGCUGGCGGGGACCGAGAAUCAGUUCGGCGCUCGGACCGGCCCCUUCAACUCCCAGGAACCCCACAACAUCCUGCCCUUGGCAGCCAGCCAGAUCAGGUUCGGCCUCCUGCCUCUCAGCAUGACUAGUUCCCGCACGGCGAAGUCAAGCGGCCGGGACACGGAACCCAAAACCCAGUGGCAGGCGGCGGCUCCGGCGCUCACCCGAGCGGAUGACGACGCAUCGCGGCCCGGCUCUCUGUUCAGGCAGCUCGCCACCGAGGAGGAAGACGCAGCCACGCCAUCGCUGUUCAAACUGGGUUGGCUCUCCGGUAUGACUAAAUAAAAAAAAUAAAUAAGUAAAAUGAG